AUGAGGAACCUAAACCCGGCAGCCAUGAGAACCGAGCCACCCUUCACUUUCACCCCUCUUCUGUUUUGUCGCAAUCUGAACGCCGAUUUCUCACCAUCGGCCUGGAAAAGAGGAGGGGAAAAAAAGGAAAGUAAAAAGAAAAAGAGCCAGGGCGGCUCAGACAGACACAGUACAGUAUUCCAAACAACUAUCGUGUCUCAUCGGUGUCUUUUUUUACUAUGCGAGACAAAGGCGAACGCUUUCCACACCCCUCCUUCAUGCUUACUUAGGAAUUUGAUGGAGCCUCCCGCUCCAGGUGCCUCGGCGAAAACCCUUCGACCAGGCUGUCAAGUCAGCCUUAGCGUUUUGCUGAGGAAGCCUGUGCUGUACUGUCAACCGAUAUUCCUCUGCGAAAAAAAAAAUGGCGGCUUCGCCCAGAAGAAGACGUAA